AUGUCCACAACAACCACCCGUCCCCAUACUCACUCUUCCUCCUCACCUCUGCACAUCACCGCCCUCAAGAAGAAGAUGAGCAUCACUCAGACCUACUACCUUGCCCACAAGGCCCGGGCCAAGCUCUCAUCUGAGGCUGCCCGCGCCGACCACGACCUCCGCCUCCUCGUCGGCCACGCCAACCUUCUCGACUCCCUGAUGCUUGAGCUUGCCGACGCCGAGCGUGAGCAGGAGAGCUGGUUCAACCAAUCCGUCCGCGGAGCCACCAAGAGCGAGGAGCGCCACGUGCAAUGGGCCGACACCAUCGUCGAGGAUCCCGAGAAUGACUGGGACGCCUCCGACUCGGAUGACUCCUCAGACUCUUCCGACGACGACUACGACGAGGAGGACGAUAUCGAGAUGGCCGACACCGUCUCCCUCCGCCGCAUGCCCUCCGGCCCCGCUUCCCCGAGAACAACAACCGUCUCCGUCUCCGAGGACUACGACAUGGAGGAGGACGACCUCGAGGAGGACUACGCACAGCUCGAGCUUGUCCGCACACCUUCCCACUCCAGCAGCUCAUCACCACCAGAGCUCGAGCACGACUCCGACAUCUCAGACGACGAGUCGAUGCCCCCAUCACCGCCAAACGCAGUGCUCACCUUCUCCGAGAAGGAAGCCAAGGAAGAGAUCUCACAACAACAAGACGGCGCCUUCUACUCUGAAGGCUACUACCUGCCGCCCAGGAACCCAGCGAGGCUUGUGUCUGCCAUCUCAGUGUACUAA